AUGUCUAUUGAGGAGGAUGAGGUUCCACUCACUUUACCGGAUAGCCCGAGAUUCAGAGUCUUUGAUGGUAACUCAAUUAGUUUAUUAGGAAGAUUGUUGAACCCUGAUUGUCAGCCGAUGGCUAAGAUGAUUGAGUACAUGCCAACGGCAUGGCGUGUUUAUGGGAGAGUAAGAGGCAUAGCUCUGUCAAGGGAUAGGUUUCAGUUUAUCUUCCAGCGGGAGGAAGAUCUUGAGACUGUGCUCAAGGAUCGCCCUUGGUCCUAUAACCACUGGGCUAUGGUCUUAGAAAGGUGGACUGCUGAGCCGCCACCAGACUUUCUUCGAUACAUGGAGAUUUGGAUCCGUAUAAGGAAUAUUCCGAUGAAGUUUUUCACGGGUGAUACGAUGCACAUAUUGGCCUCUGAAAUUGGUCAUGUUGAAGAAAUAGCGUUUGAUCCUAAGGUCUCCCACACGAAGGACUACAUACGUGCUUUGAUCACCUUUGAUACGGAGAAUCCUACUAAAUCCUCUCGUAAGCUUACGGUGAGCAAGGAAGAAACAGUUUCCAUUGAGUUUGAGUAUGAAAGGAUCCAUAAGAAAUGUUUCCAUUGCUUGCGUCUGACUCAUGAGAAGUUUAGGUGCCCAAUAUUGAAGAAAGGUUCUAAGUCAGUGCCUAUAACUAAGUCAGGACCAUCUAGUAGUGAGCAGUCUCCCCCCAGAAGUACAUCGGUCAUUGCUAUGAAUGAUAUUGUGGAAGGUCCUCCUGGUUUCCCUCCCCUGUUUUCAGAACUACAUCCACAAGAGCGUAAAGCGGCCUUGCUUUACAUUUCUCACUCAGAUAAGACGGAGAGACAAGCCAGGAUCAUGAGAGUCAGACAAGCUAUUGAGGACCAGAGUCAGUCUCAUAUGGUUAUUCUCACGAGAUUUACCUCAGAUCUUGAUAAAGGAAAGGGGCACGUCUUCUCCUAUCCAGACCCAGAUCAUCUCCCUCGAGUCCAUCUGAAACCUAGGGCGACUGCUUCGCUUACACUGUCGAAGGAGAUAGAUGUUCAAGAAGGAUACUCUGAAUCAGAAUGCUCUGGUGCGGCAGUUACGUUAACUCCAUCUAUCUCUACGGGUUUUCAGAUUGGUUUGUCUUCCAAGACACCAUCUGCCGGUGAUAGUAAUGGUGUUAAGGGUGCUCGCCGCCGUCCUCCAUCCUGGAAACGUAAAGCUCAAGCUGGAAAAUCUUCUGCGAAAGCAUCUCCGUCUUCUGAGAUUACGAUGCCACCGUUGGAGUCUGGUGGUAAACGUAAACCAGAAACUGUCUCAAUGUCUCCAUCCAAGAAAAGUUCGACUCCUACAUCCAUUUCGGUGGCUUCCAGUUUGAAGCCGCUGCUGCCCCAAUGA